CACUGUGGUAUAGGUUUAGGGGAGGGGGGGUGGAGCUUGUAAGAUCACAGCAUCUGCGGAGUAAGGCAGAAAACAAGAAGCAGAGGAAGGACGACCCGGCAGACUGAGCAGACUCAUGAGAGGAUAGAGGGUGAGAAGAAGAGCUUUUCAAGAAGAAGAGGAAGAGCAGACAGUGAGGAGUCCGCCGGAUUUAUGAGUCAUCCCGAGACGGCUGAGAAAGUUUAAUGGAGGAUGAUAACAACUUGGACUGCUCACUUAAACUGCAGCUGUGCUGAAAGAAGAGGGGAUACUGAUGACCCACAAUGACUCCCUUCACCUCCACCUCUCCACCCUUCUUCACUCUGUCAGCCUCUGCACCACACAACUCCUCUCCUCCUGUUACGAUGACACCCAACGUCUCCGCCACCUCCAUCUCCGCCUACUCAACGGUCUCCCAGAACCACACGGUGUGUUCGUUUGAUGAUGCGGCCCUCCGCCUCCCUCUGGCAGUCAUGUACUUGCUGUUCUUCCUCUUCGGUCUUGUGGGGAACCUCUUCGCCUUGUGGGUCUUCCUGUUCCUGCACUCAAGCCGCAACUCUGUGCGGGUGUUUCUUAUUAACUGUGCUGUGGCUGACCUGGUGCUUCUGGCGUGCCUGCCCUUCAGAGUGUUCUACCAUGUAAACGGAAACAAGUGGGUGUUGGGAUCUGUGGCGUGUAAGGUGGUGGGGAACCUGUUCUACAUGAAUAUGUACAUCAGCAUCACACUGCUGGGGUUCAUCAGCCUGGACAGAUACUUGAGGUUGAAGGGGAAAAGCCGAACGCGGAGAGGCAUGAGGCUGACGCUGUGGGGGCACAGCUGGCCGUGGAGCUGGGUGGCGUGCGUGGCUCUGUGGGGUCUGUCACUGAUGGGUCUGCUGCCGAUGAUCGCCACAGCCGAGGACAGAGAGAACAGCGGCCAGUGCUUCCAGUACAGGCAGCGCAGCACUAAAGCCAAAGGGAAAGCCUACUUCAACGCAGUGCUGGUGGUUUUGUUCUGGCUCGUCUUCAUCAUGCUCGUCGUCUCUUAUGCUAAGAUCGCUUCCCAGUUGCAUAGGGUGUCACGGGACAAGCCGGACCUCCCUAACGCGCAGAGGUACGGAAGAACUGCCAAGAAGUCCUUCUUCGUCCUCUUCCUGUUCACAAUCUGCUUUGGACCGUAUCACGCCUUCCGCCCCGUCUACAUCCUCUCACAGCUCAGCGGAUCUGUAUCUUGUGAUUACUUGCAGCUGGUCGACCGCACCAAUGAAGUUAUGCUGUUACUGUCCGCCUUCAACAGCUGCCUGGACCCUGUCAUGUACUUCCUGCUGUCAGGCUCCGUACGCAAAGCCGCCCUGCAAGCACUCGGACAUCGGCUGGGUCACCGGCUGCUCUUCCUGAACGACGCGACUUCAAACAGCUCCACCAUGGAGUUCAGACGAGGGUCGGCGCCCAACGCCGGACUCAACAACGCCGGACUCAACAACGCCUCACUCACCCCGAGGACAAGCAUCUGUGUCAUCAACUCCAACCUGGUCCGCACUGCACUGACCACGCUGCCCCCUAGUGGCCGACAGUGAACACAUGUUUGACAAUUCAUACACAUAACUAAUUCUUGUUUUAUAAUAAAGAUGUUUUAUUACUGUGAAUAUCUGUUUGAGAGAUUAACACCUGAAUGAGAGACUGACUAGACCGCAGAGUCUGAGGAGAUGUGCUUCAGUGAAUAUCACAACUGCAGCUUUUCAUAGACAGCACUUCCUUUCCUAUGAAUGCAAGAUGUGCAUAUAUUCCUUCUUUACACUCUUCAUUGAGUAAAUUACUUGCAGUUUCAAACAGUUUUGGGAUCUGGCCAAAUGAAUCCCCUCAAUCAGAAGCUAUGACAUAGCUCUAUUGACUGCAGAAAUGAUGGUGCAAAUAAAUUAAACUUUUUGUCCUGAAUAAAGCCGACACAUCGCUCUUUGCCCGUCACUCCAUGAGCAGAAUAUACACUAGUUGUGUGACAUGAUCACACAAACACAGGAACUGAUACAGGCAUCAGAGGACAGUUUUAGUGUGUGACCUUUUGGCUCCAAAAAUUAACACCCUCCCCGUUGUUUACUUCCUGCAUAGUUGCACAUAACAACACGACUUUCAGCUUUAAUGCAGUCAUGUCCACAUCUGUCCCACAACAAGACAAAAGGAUGUGAAAUAGCAACUUAAAUGUUGUGUAUUAAUGUCAAGUAAUAAAAAUAUUGUUUGUCAUUUGUAUUAUUCUUAACCAUCCCCAAAAUGUCUCAAAUUAAAGACCUCCCACGU